UAGGCUUGUUUACGAUCUGACACUGCAGCUGACCGCGGAUGACCAUGCUUGCUCGCGUCCUGUCCGACUUCUGACCGUGAUAUGGACGAUUCGCAGAUUUACCAGGGCGUCCAGCACAACGACGAGCAGUUCCUCUUCGGCUCGCGAAUCGAGCACGACCUGCUGGAAAUCAAGCAGGAGAAGCAGCGGCUCGAGGGCGAAAUCGACAAGUACGAGCGGCUGGUGCAGACUUUGGAGCGGCUGCCGCGGGAGCUGUCGUGGCCGGUGCCGCACGUCGCCCUCACCAAGCACGCCCUGCUGCCCGACGCCCACUUGGUCAGCACCAACGAGGUCACCGUCCACAUCGGCGACAACUGGUUCACGCGCUGCUCGGCGCACCACGCCAGGUCCAUCUGCCUCCGAAGACAGCAAAAGUGCAGGGAGACGAUCACACUGCUGAAGGAGAGGGAAAAGCUGUUGUUGAAUUGGCAAAGGGCCGUGAGCAGCAUGAGCGGCGGAAUCGCAGGAGGAAGGGACGAGACGGAAGAUUUUCCGCUGGACGAAGCGUUCGGCGGCCAAGACAUCAAGGAAUUCGUCUCCGAGGAGCAGUACCUGUUGGACAAAGAGACUCACAGACAAAGGGUGCGGGAACAUUAUGAAAAGAGGCGGGGCCUGAAGGAGGAAGCUGCAGGGGUGUCCGACGAGGAGCUGUGGCGGCGGCUCGAGGAGUUGGAACUCGAGGAGCAAACGUCCGGCGAACUGAGGACCAUGAACAGGUCUGAGCGCAGCGGCGCCCCCGCUCGGGAGGUGCCGCCCCCUGAAAAGAAGAAGAAAAAGGUCGGGGUCAAAUUCGCAGACGAGGAGGUCAAGCAGGAGGAGGAGGAGCCGAGUGUGGUCAAAUUGGGCUGGACCUGGGACGACUCGGCCAGCAGCAGCAGCGACUCCUCCACUGCCGACGAACCGGAAAAGACUGAAGGGGCCAAGUCUCCACCCAGGAGGUUGUCCUUUGCUCAGCACAUCGAGACUGGCAGCGACGAGACUUCGGUCAUUGAGUUCGCGCACACCCCUGUUGAAAGUUUGCCCUUCUCAACGUCAGACCAGCUCAGGUCGCCGUCCGACAUUUACUCCACCUUCCAAGAAAUGUUUGCAGCAGCAACAACGCCAAAGUCUAUAUUGAAGCAGCCGAAGAAGGAGGUGGACGCCUCCGAAGAGUGGCCGACCAUUUCCUACCCCUUUUCCUACAUUCAGGGCGACCUGCCAAGUAGUGACAGCGAAUAUGAAGAACCAGAGCCCCCCAGCACUGAUAGGCCGGAGGUUCUGAGUGACGUGAUGGAAAAGGUCGUUGUUGCCGCCAAAGCCCCUUCACCCCCUCCUGAAGAAGUUCCUCUUGCCGAGGUGGAAAAGCGGUCGGUCCAGUUUUCGACUGGGCCUGCGGCCGCCGACCACCCUGGCAGGCAACACGGCCGCAAGAAGCUGAGCAAAUUCAAGUCUUCGAGGAUGGCGUCCAAGAAGAAGUGAAGCAUAUUGUGAUAAUAAUAAUUUGCAGAAACAACAAAACCUGUAUGUGGAUUUAUUCGAUUCGCAUCCAAGCUGCGCUGGCACGCCGGCCUCAACCCAUCCACUUUUCUAUGUCUUGCUCUUUGUAUUGUAAUAAAAAGUCAAUCAGUUAUCACAGAUAAUUAGU